CACCUGAUUUGCUCAGGAAUGAAACAAGUUACAAAGUUUGUUUCGGACAACGAGGUCAAGGUGCAGCUUGCAUACGCCGUUCGCAACCGCCGGUGUCGGACCUGAUUCGUCUGUGCGCGCGACGCGACUUUCUGGAAGACGUGUUGAGUCGUGACGACAGGCGGGAGGACGAGCAAGAAGAGGAGCGACGAUGCUAGCUAUACAGCGGAAAGAAGGAAACGUCACGGGAGUCAAGGUCCAUCUCUUGCCAUGCAAAAUAAAUUAUAGCGGCCCCACUGAGGUGGAGAGAAGGUAUUGGGAGCCAAAGCAGACAGAGAAUGGUGGAUACAAGGCAUACUUCAGAGGCCGUGAGUUGUCUGGAAACUCUCUUAAAGUUCCACAGCAUUACCAAGGUUCUGUGCUGAGAAUAACAAAUGACCUUAUGCCUAGGUCCAAGUCCUCCCCAGUGGAGGGCGAUGUAGAGGACGAAGAUGCUGAUGAAGAAACCGAGGAGACUAAGAUAGCCGAAGAGCUGGGCGUCUUUGAUGAAGUUAUGGUUUGGAACCACGACAUGCCAUGGAGCGCGGCCGAAGAUCCGUAUGCAAAGGGAAUCGAGGAGUGGAUCUCUUUUGCCAGCGCUAUGCACACGCAGGCGGACGAUGACGGGCGAUCGAAAACGACGUCAUGACCUUUCGAAAUUCAAUAUAGCCCAAAGAUAUGAGUCUACCUUACCUCUGCUCUCAGUCUUCGUUAAUUAAUUGACUAAAGCAUUUGUCUUUCUUUGCUCUUCCGUCAGCAUGCUCUCUAUCCCACGCUUUCUGCUCCUUCAAAAAGGCUUCCUUCUUCCUCAAGUAGCCCUCAUGCUCCUUGCACUUUAUCCAGUAUGCCUUGAAAAU